AUGUCACCCAAAGAUGCUGAAAAGACAGCCUUUCGAACACCAUAUGGGAAUUUUUAUUAUACAGUCAUGCCAUUCGGCCUUAAAAAUGCUGGCGCCACCUACCAAAGAGCCAUGACAGCGUCCAAAACCAGAGAAGGCCAUCAAGAAGCUUUGAGGAGAGUGCUGGAAAGGUGUCGGCUGUACGGUUUAAAGAUGAAUCCAAAGAAGUGUGCGUUCGGGGUUUCAUCCGGUAAAUUCUUGGGGUUUCAAGUACACCGGCGUGGCAUAGACUUGGAUCCUGAAAAGACUAAAGCCAUAAAUUCUCUUGCACCGCCUAGAAAACCCAAAAGAAUUGAAAAGCUUUAUGGGAAGAUUAUCGUAUAUUCGACGCUUUAUCCCAGGUCUUGCUACCAUCAUGAGUGCUUUUACUCCAUUGCUCAAGAAAGGCAAGCCGUAUGA